AAUACCAUCUUCGAUGCGAAUAUUACAGAUUUAAACGCGACGACAUUAGUGCACACGUGGUCGCGCGAAUUCUCACGACACCGAGUCAUGACCGUGACCACAACUUUCUCGGAUCUGACGAGUGAGUACAACGACUACUGGAAGAAUAUCACGCGGCCGUUGUUUGUCGUUCUCCUCGACACCGAAAAGACCAUGGGCGAGUUCGCCGAGACCACGAAGAGCGUAAAGCCCAUCUCUUUUCCCAUUUGGCUCGUUAUGUUUCUUCAGCGUCCUGGGAAUUCUCUCGAGGAGCGCUGCAGACAUCCUAUCGAUAACGUAUUCAACGUGGACUUCAGGACCCAGAUGCUGGUCCUCUGCUACGCUCGUCCGAUUCUAGUCGAGUGGUACGCCAUUCGCGAUAAUCGCACCAGAACGUUCGACCUGGCCUUGUGGUCCCCCGAUAGAGGUUUACUUUUAAAAACGCAAAAGUCCCUCUACGCUAGAAGGAGCAACAUGUUCGGCGACGUUGUACGCGUGGCGUCCGUGAUCGUAAGUUUUUCGCUCUUCCUUGAACUCCGUUGUAACGGUACGGUCGGCGGGUUUUUCGGUCUGUUGCUGAUAGAGCUCAGCAAAGUGAUGAACUUCACGGUGGAGAUUCUGGAUCCGGUGGAGGAAUUCGGCAGCUGGAGCAAAGAAAAAAUGGUGUGGACAGGUGCGAUCGGCCAGUUGGUGACCAACGAAGCUGAUAUCGGCAUCUCCGCAUUCUCGAUGACGACUGGUAGACAAAACGUCAUUGACUAUACAAUACCAUUGAUACGUUCGCGAUACCGUCUUUAUUUUAAGAGGCCUAACACAGUCUUGGUGGAAUGGUCUUUAUACUUAAGGGCAUUCAGCUCUGGAACUUGGAUAGCAUUAUUAAUGAUAAUAAUAACAGCUUCUAUUCUAUUGACUAUCAUAAAGACAAAAGGAUACUUU